UGUGAACGAGCUCUGUUGUUGUCAUUGCUGUUGUUGUUUUUGUUGUUGUUGUUGUGGCGGAGGUGGAGGACCACACGCUCUUCUUGUCUCCUCUUUAUCACUUUAUCUGCAUGACUUCCUCGUUCCAGCUACCAUGACUGCGCUGGACAACAUGGGAGAGGGCUCGACGCAAGGGAGCGGCAAGUCAUCGCGUCUGUCGCUCCGGCAAGGUCGCAAGCGAGCCCUCAACUCGGACAUCUCUCCGGCUCCAGAGCCCAGAACCAGCCAUCGCUUUCGCACCUCCAGCUCAAGUGACACUGACGACAGAAAUAAAACACCACCAAUGCUGCGCAAAAUGAGCCUGGGGAGGAAUGCAACAAACAGCAGCAGUCGGCGUACAAGUGGAGGCUCCUCCCAGGCCAGUGGAAGCCUUGGGGCAAGCACAGGAGAAUUGGGGAAUGGCGGAGGACGGGUCACAGGAGUUUGUCCUCUGGCCAACCUUGGCAACACCUGCUUCCUCAACUCUGUCUUGUAUGCCCUGAGGUUCCUCCCAGGCUUCACCCACGACCUGCACCAUCUUCACAUGCACCUCCAGGCCGCAGGCAAUCAGAGUGAUGCCAACCUGGAUCAGCGCAUUCAGUUCCUGUCAGAGUUACAUCGUGUCUUCGUGAGUCUUGGCCAGGAGGAGCGAGGACUGUCAGAGAGCAAGCGGAUUCCAGCCUUCCAGCCCUACGAUUUCUUAGAAGCCCUCAGAGUGGUAAACCCAAUGUUUGAGGGGAACCGGCAACAGGACGCCCACGAGCUGCUUCACUGUCUCCUGGAUCAGCUGUGCCACCUGCCUCAGGACUUACGUCAGGGCAAGCCUAAUGGGGUGUUAGGGCCAGAGGCAUCCAAGAUGGAGCAGGAGGAGGAGCCAGGGUUCCCAGAGCCUAAGAGAUUACGCCGCAGGUCGGAAAGGAUUCAGGCGAUAGAGGAGGACUCCAGCAAGAUACUCUGUUCCUCUCCACAGGCUGUUGAUGUUGUGGGCUCAAAAUUUGUAGGGCGAAUGUGCCUUGAAACAUGCUGCUCCGAGUGCGAGCAGGUGACAGGCCGGGAAGAGAAUUUCCUUGAGGUCUGUGUUCCUGUCAAGACCAAGGCCGAUUUUGAUGAGGACGAGAACGUGAGUGAACCUCAGGUGUUUAUGUCAGCACUGUGUGAGGAGGAAUGUCUGCGCGACAACAACAAGUACUGGUGUGACCACUGUUUCCACCACAAUGAGGCGCGUCGCUCGGUCCACUACUCGCAGUUGCCACACCACCUUGUCAUCCACGUUAAGCGCUUUAGCUCCUACCACAGGAAUAUGUUCACUGCUAAGUGCAGUGAGGCCAUGCCAGCACCCUUAGAGCUGUCAUGCUUCUGUCGGGGAUGCCUCACGGAGCAGAUCAAAAAGCAGGCUCUGAUGGAGCUGGCCAGGGAUGACAAAGGAUCCAAACCCAGUUCCAGUAGCAAGCUCAGUUCAGGCCACCUGCCAUACCACUUGACGGCAGUUGUCUGCCACUUGGGUGCCACCCUCUCCUCAGGACACUACUUGUCUUUUGUGCGUCUGAGUGCACUAGACUCAUCAAGAUGCCCAGAGCAGCAGGUUGCACCACCUUCUCAGCCAGUUUUUUCACAGCCAGUAAGCAGCACCAAAGUGGAGUGUCAGUGGAUCAAGUGUUGUGGUCUGCAGCUCGACCACAUACGUCCACUGUCAGGACUGAAUGGCCACAUGGACAUAGAGGAGGAUGGUAAAGCCAGUGAGAGGGAGAGUCUGUGGCUUGAGUGUGAUGAUGAGAAGAUCAAACUUGUAAGCGCAGCAGAAGUGAGUGACAUGAUGCGGACCACUAUCAUCACCCCGUACCUUCUCUUCUACUCACGUCUCUGAUCCCUUGACAGAUGCUAGGUUGCAUUGCAUCCAGGGUCUCAUCUCAUCAUCUCAAGCUCUUCCUUCUGGGAUGCCCAAAUGCGCUUGGGUGAUGCGUAAUUAUGUGUCUCUUAGGGAAUUUUAGCGCGUGACAGUAAGAGAUAUGGUCACAAAGAUGAUGCAGUAUGAAAUAGUGAAAAAAUGACUGCCAAUAUUUCCCAUGUCUUUCUGAAGCUCAACCUCAGAGGUGAGGAUAGUGCCUGCAUUCCCCAAGAGAGGGAAUGAAAAAGAAAGUGAUAGACAGCCACCAAGCACCCACUCACUACCUCCAACAUCAGGUUCUGCUCAUAGGAAGACCUAAACAACGCUAUUCUCUCAAGGGUACCGGUGCCUACGCCAAACUUUCACAGUGAUAGAGAUUGUCCAACCUAGUGGGAGGGCAGGGCAAGCCUCCAAAGGAAAGGCAGCAUACACACUUGUCAACAAGUGAGAGAGUAGAGGUCAGAAGAGGUCACAGGUAGAGUACACUGCUUACAGACACGGGCAGGACUCAUUCAGGUUUGGUUCUCCUGUUUGGUAGAGGAUUUUUAUUUUUUGGAACAAAUAGAAUGGAAAUGUUUCUUCUCCUUCUUUUUCUCUUUUAUUUAUCCAGUGGUGAAGCCGGUGAAUGGAAGCAAUUUGGGGAAAAAGGAAAUUUUCAUUUGAUGACACAAGAAAAUAUAAGAGUUACAAGAAAAAAGUUUAGAUAGAACAUUAUUAGUUUGAAGGAAAAGGAGAAUUUAUGCUUUUCUGUUAUUCGAAAAGAAGUAAUGAAUUUUAAAAAGUAAUGACUUCAUAUCAGUGGGAUGUAGUCAUCCUUUCUUUCAGUUCAUGGUUAUAAGGGGCCUAUAGAGAGAGAAAAUGUUAAAAUCACAUUUCUUUAAAAAAUAUAUCCCAAAAAAAUAAAUAAAAAAGUUAUAUAUAUAUAUAUAUGUAGCACAGCCAGAAAAUAGAUCACUUUAGCCCAAACAAAUUUGUGUCUUUACAACACAAAGUCCCUGUACUUGUUGGGUGGGAGGAGGGGCAGGCUAGAUACUGGAAGUGCAAGUCGAGCAAUGCUUAGCACAAACAUUACCCUGUUGUUUACUGUAGUGUUCUCUUGUAAAUACAAAGUUUCUUAAUAUAUUUUUAUAUUAGAUUUUUUGUCAUACUGAGAUGAACUAGUGAUCACUGGUCAUGAUUACUAGGUGGCUUUUCACAAAAAGAACUUUUUUUUUUCCUUUUUUUUUCUUUUUUUCUUUUUUUUUUUCUUUUUUAAAGAGAAGGGAGGAAAGACCUACAAAUGUUAUUAUGAAAUGGUUGGAAUACUCCCACAUCAUGCCAUGAGCAUAUUUGUGGUUUGAAAACUACUCUUUUAUAGACAGGCUUUACUGUAGAGUUUUGUUCUACCACAUGGACUUUAUGGGCACACUCCCAAUCCCAUUGUGGAAAACUUCAGAAAUGAAUUUUGGCAGCCGAGUUGCUGCAAGAAUAACUUCACCUUUUUAUACCAGUGGAAAACAUAUUCCCAUGUUGUACCCCAGUGACAUGAAUUUCAAUGUGAUGCAUAUAUGUAUUGAAAAUGCACUUUUAUCUGUUGUGCUGUUUCUAAAAUUGUUACAUCAGGUGUAAUGCAUCUUGUCAUUGUUAUAUCACAUUAGUGCACCCUUAACAAUUGUUUCUAUAGCCCUGAAGGUCACAUCAUCUAAACAGGUGAUCUACCAUGUUAGCCUUUAAUGGGUAGCCAGCUGCAUAUGCAGUGGUUUUUCAUCUUUUGUCUCUAAAUCGUCCAGCCCAAGAAAAUGCUGUUUGUAGAGACCCUGCUUUUUUCAAUGGCAUAAAAAGGUUUUCCUGUUAAGGAACUGCAGAACCUUUGUCUCAUGGACACUGUAACAAUAUUGUUACUGGCAGUUGCAAGAGGCAAGGUUCAAACCGACUUACAUUCCGAAACAACUUGCUUGUACCGUAGGAUCAAUCUCUGAAACACGUCCUGAAUGAAACACAGACUCCUCUUUCAAUGUGAUUAUGCAACUGUUUUUUUUUUUUUUUAUGGAUCAAUAUAAAGCUUUGGCUAAGAUAAUCAGUUACAGUUUUGAUACAAGACUAGAAAUAGAUGGAAGUUUGGCUUGAUUAUGGAGAUGUUCAUCUUGUAUAUUCAUUAGCUACUAUUACUACAAUGCAGUGUUGAAUAGCAUAAUUUAUGGGGGAAAGCUUGUUCAUCUAGGAGGGAUAGAAUUCACUAAACUAAAGCAAAAUUCUAAAACCUUUGUUGCAACACCCACUGAAAAUUCAUUUCCCCGCACCCAAAAACUGACUUGCUGCAGAACAACACAGUAAAGCAAAAUCUCUGGAAGAUUCUUUUCUCAUUAUUAUUGGCCUUUUUAUUGUCUUACUUUUCGGUAACUUUGUAAACUGUGAUGUGAACUAUCAUCUUUUGAGUAAUUAUUCUUUGCGAUGCAGUUGCCUUAGGCUCUGCAAUAAAUGUCCCUUUACAUGGGACAUUAAGCAAGUUGCAAAUCAUGGCUCUUCCUCUUGUCCAUUUGCAGGUAAAUAAUGAUAUUGGAGAAAAAUAGAAAUUUUUAUUUCUAAAGUGACAAGGUAUUAAUUUUUUUCCCCAGUCUUUUCCAUAUUUAUGUUGCAAUGAUGAAGGCACAGAUCUGGUGUUAAGUGUUGCAGAAACUUCAACUAGGCUCUAGAAUUACAGUUGUAUAAGUGUUGCAUUGUACAAUUGACAAAAGGAAAGUCACACAUAUGUUAUUACUGUAGAGCCAGUGAUUUCAGAGAAGGGGUAGCCUCAGGGAGUUGGCUAUGUGAUGUAAGAGAUUAUUUAAAAAAAAAAAAAAAAAAAAAAAAAAGUCAGUUCAACAAGAAUGUGGAUAUUGCUUCUGACUACUUUCAGCAUCAAAAUUUUGCCACCAGUAAUCUGUGGGAAAUCAUUGUCUUCCAGGUUUAGGUUACCGUAGUUUAAGUCCGUCUUAUUUUUGUACUGGCUAGUUUUCUUAGCAGUAGUUGAAUUUUAGCCAGUGCAAGGUAUAUAAUUAGCUUCAUAUUUAUGGACAGAUUGUAGCUUGAGGACCUUAUAUUAUGUUCAAGUUCAUCAUUGGGAUCUUCUGCUAUAAUGGUAUUUAUUUAGCAUAUGUGCACGUUCUUCAUAGACAUCUGCUUACAUGUUCUACAUUAUUUUAUUGUAGGGAUUGUGGAGAUAUUGUACAUAGAUUUAAACUAAAAAGCAAAAAGAUACUGGCUGUAGACCAACAGGGUUUUGAUAAACAAAAGUUAACAUUACCGUAAAUGCCAGUUUGUAACUUGGGCUAACAGUUAUCCAACAGCAGUGGAUGGCUGUCUUGCACACCACAGUAUUGGUCAUGACUAACUGUUACAGCUCAUAGUUGCCAAGCAGUACACCAUCAGAGCCAAAGCUUCACACCAGGGACUGCUGAGAAGUGGUUGGUCGUGCUUCACAGCUAGUCUCUUUGUUGCUGUUGGGACAUGCCUUCUCUUAUUACACACCCAUUUCCAGUUCCCCAUUUAUGUAUCCCUGCAUUCCACACCUGCCAAGCAGCAUUUGUCUCAUCACAUUAUCCAGUUCAUAUUUGUGAAGGUUUGUUAUCCGUCCUGAAGUGAUUAUGUUAUCAUUAUUAUAAUUGUUAUUAUUCCAUGUCUAAAUGUGUACAAGUUAACUUUCAGCAAACUUAAGCCGCAGGUCUUCAGAGUGUUUUAUUAAUAUUGCUUUUGAGUGAAACAAUUCACUGCUUAAAAAUUCUACAUUAAGUAAAUGUUUCUACUUCAAUUGGCUUGAACUUUUCAUUCUGUUCUUUGUUCUCUGGAAGAUGAAUGAAACUAUCCCCAUUCCUUAUACCUUUGUCAUUUGAAGAUAAUUCAAGGCGAAAUUGUGUACAGUGUUGGUAAGCAUUUUCAAGUCGGAUUCAGAUACAAUUUAAUUAAAUGAAAAGCCACAGUAAUGUACAUAGCAGAUACAUGUAGGUGAACAUGGCAUUUACAGGUAGGAUUUCCAAAUGAAAUGCAAAAUUAAAGGUUGGUUGUGUUACUAAGCUAUUCUAAUUCUGCAAUAGUAGACCAAAUGUUUUGUGUAUCCUGUCUUGUUUUUUUUUCUUUUUGUACGUCUGAAGAAAAUUUACAAAAUGACUUUUUUUUUUUCAAUUGCUUGAACAAGUCAGGAAGCAGAUGACCAAGGCAGAGCAGGAACCUAUUUGCUACAUGCUUCUCUCACACCAUGUCUCUUGAUUGUGAUGGAGUACCUGCAUAUUUGCUCAUUGUAGUUCUUUGAAUAACGUACCUGACCCACAAGCACCUGAGGACCAUUAUUUUUUUUAUUUAUUUUUUUGAGUUCUAUUUCUCUGAGGAUUCCUUCUCUUCUCUUUAUCUUCAUCCUCUCUUGUACAUAGUAUAAUAAAGUGUGUCAACCUGGGGGAAGAUUUUUGUUUACUUUCAAGCAUACACAUGACACUACUUCUGAGAUCUUUUGUUUGUUAGGGGUCAGUUCGUAUCAUCCUGUAUUGGUGUUAUUUGUACUAAGAUUACAAACAGAAGUGCCUUGCAACAAAUCCAUUUCAUUUCUUUUGGCUGGUUAUCCUCUUUCUACCAUUCUACUUAUUUAAAUUGGUAAUACUAGACAAUCAGGCAACCAGCAUAUUUCCAACUCGUUAUAAGUAUAUAAAAAAUAUAGAUACUGAUAUAUACAUAUUCAGUGUACUACUUCAGCCUCCAUUUUCCUUGUACAAUGUAUACCACAAAACCCAUCAUAAAGAGACUGAGUAAGACUGUUAGAUUUAGGAAAGAAUAAAAAUAAAACAAAACAUCUUAAACAUCAAAUAAUUUAUUCUAUCCCGUAAGCCAACAGAAAAUUGUAUCCUAGAACAAAAAAAAAAAAUUGUUGGUACUAUAGCAUUAAGGUUUACAUAAAAACUCUACAGUAUUUACAGCAAUGAUGCUCCUUCCCUCACGACCUGCGUUAUGAAUUCUUGACUUGAUACAGUGGAGCUAUCUGCAUAGAGUACCAUGUGAAGUUGCUGCAAGAACAUAUCCUAUAUAUAUAUAUAGUGGAUAUUAUAUUAGUGCUUUCACAUUUAGCAACAUCAGGAUGGUACAGUGUCAAAAACUGCCUUUUUAUCUUCGGCAAACACCGUUAUGUACACAAGAUCAAACACAAUCUCACUCGGUAACACUUCACUUUUUUUCAUCAUUACAAGUUUAAAAUACCUGUAAACAGAGAGCUGAGGGGGUGAUAUACCAGUAAACCGCAUAAAAUCCCUCGCACAAAGAAAUGAAACAUAGACCCCCACUGAAUAUGUGUACCUACAGAAAAUAGAGGCUAAAUACAUCACAAACCUAACAUAAAGCAGCCCCCAUGCCCUUGGAUGGUGGCAGAACUGGGUAAAAAGUUCAUGAGCAGGAAAUGUGAAACAUUCCUGUACACGGGAAAGCCCACGUGUAGCAGGAGGCACUAAACUGUCCUCGGGUAUGGAAGAGGGUUAAUAUAUUGUCCACAUGGUAGCAAAUUCUUCCUACAACACAACCAAGAGGUGACACUUCUACUUGUAAAAUCUGCAAUUGAAGGAACACUUUUGCCCCUACAUCCUGGCGAUGCAAACUUCUCCCUAACUGAUGUGAUUAUAAGAACCCUAAAUAGUGCCCAGAGAAUGGCACUGGAUGUGCCACUACAGAAGAUACUAAAGCCAAGAAAAAAUACAUGGAUGAAGAAAAAAAAAAAAAAAAAAUGCAA